GAAUGGGACAGCGUUUUCAACUCUGGGCUGAGGAACAAUACUGUUAACCACAACCAGAAACAGACAGUCAAACACAAAACAACAACUGAACUCCAUAACAACAGACUGGAUGAGACCAGGGCGAGACAUAGAUUUGGUCUGCGGGGACAGGGAGGUGUGCAUAUGCGGCGGGAGAGAACAGACGGACUCGGCUAGCGAUGCUCUUUCCUGCUUCUAUAGUUGUGAUUCAGAGAGACUGAUGGCACCUCAGGUUAACCUAACAGGUGCUGCCUUCAGCCUGCCUUCUAUAGGAUCUAUCAACUGGAACAUGGACCCUGCAACAACACAGACACUCCCUGGCCUUUGUCCUCCUCACACUCUCCUAAUGUUAAACCAGACCUCAGACAAGCUAUACAAGCCCAUUGACAAAUUACAGUAGUAGUGAUGCUAUCAGCAGAUGUAUUGGCAAGGAGAAGCGUUUCCUGCGUUCGUUCUGUGGGAAAGCCUCCGGUUUCCCCAAACAAGCAGAGAUCCACCAGAAGAUGCACACGGGAGAGACAUUGUUGGGGUGCCACCGGUCCUGGGCCAGUUUCUCAGACACAUCCAACCUGAAGAGGCACCAGAGAGUCCAGACAGGGGAGAAAUCCUACAGCUGCCCCCGGUGUGAGAAGAGGUUCUCCCACCAGCAAAAUCUGAAGGUCCACACAGAAGAGAGGCUGUUCGCCUGUACACACUGUGGGAAGAGGUUCUCAGAGUCUGCAGUCCAUGAGGACCUGCUGAUAUCCGGUGUUGCUGGCUGGAAAUACUGGACCUCUGAGGUGGCUGGUCACAAACCCUGGCCCCGGAUCAGAACCCUGGAUCAGGAGCCAUCGCUCUUCCUUCCCGAGUCGGAGCCAGGACCCAACGUAGAGGGGCAGAGACUCCACCACCACACAGAACACAACCAGUGGACAGAGGGACUGAACAACCUCAGUCCUGGUGGUCAUCAGAGAGACAGAGGCUCCAGUCAGGGAUCCAGUCUGCAGCCCAGACCCUUCUCUUCACAGUCUCAGUGCAGGGAUGAAGCAGGACCUGAGGCUGAUAGAGAUAGACCCUCCUGUUCCUAUGAUACAAACACCACAGUAUCCAUGAUGAACAGAGCAGGUCACCCUGGGCUUCAGCCUUCACAGAGAGUGAUGGGAGACCCCCCUGGUGGUAGUCUAACAGGAAGUCUGUCUUCUCCUUCAGGUUCUCGUCUAAUGCCUUGUGACUGGGUUCAUAGAAGGCCUGGGACUGGACCUGGGUCUAGCCUUCCUCAGAUACCUCAAGGUUACCCCACCAAUACAGACAGGGUCAGGAUGGGUGUUCACCACAAGAGGUACCUAGCCUAUAACACAGCACACAAUCCCAACAACACCCAAACAAUGGCUAAAGGUCAAGGAGGGAGCUCAAAGACUAACAACCUGAGGGCGAUGGCUCCUGCUUCUACCUCCUCUGGUGUCAUUGGGUCACAACGUAAGAGGCCAAGCAAUAGGACGGACGCCGACAAGCUGUUCUCCUGCUCCACGUGUGGGAAGCGCUUUGCUGAGGCAAGCUAUGUGAAGGAGCACCAGACCGUUCACACCAAGGAGAGGCCCUUCAAGUGCAAACUAUGUUACAAGAGCUUCUCCUUCCGGAGUAGCCUUAUCAGACAUAGGAGUGUCCACAAUGGGGAGAAAUCAUAGCAGUGUGUCUUCAGAUGUACGCAGGGGAUGUCUGGAAACCAUUCUUUAGCUGACAUAUUAUAGUUAUCAUGUGAAGUGUCCUGGAGUAAGAGCAGUGGUGUUCUGGAGGAUGUACGCAGGUGGCCAUAUACCCACUUAUUUUUCAGUGGGCAAUGAUUAUAGUCGCUUCUUAAUCCCCACGAUGCCUAUCAAAGUAGUGCAGUGGAGGUAUAGACUGUGUCAAUAAAGCUGAUGGAGCAGAUCUAGAAUGUUUAUCUUACAAUGUUUAUCAUUUAUUAUUUAUUCACAUCUUCGCAAUGUGGACACGGUGGUAGGCCUACGGGCAAAUGAUCCAAAAUGCAAUUUGUGGGGGGAAAAACUUGGCUACUUCAAAAUGGAGAUCGACUCAGUGGCGCUGCCCAUGCUGCCACAGACGCCAUAAUGGCACGGAUACAAUGAUGAGGCCUCUUUCCAUCUCUAAGUUUUGGCCUGACUGUGAAAGACCAAUAUGGAUUCUAUCAUUUUAGGGCGCCUUCGCAUUCAGGAUUUUUUUUGUUGCACCACUUCACCACUGGGUAAGAGGACAGUUAACCACUCAUUAGCCCUUUGUUAACUUGUCAUUUGAAACAGGAUUGUGUAAAUACCUGUUUUUAUAGAGACAGUAAACCAAGGCUAGAACAAGGACAGUUGAAUACUUACCUUGCUGAGGUGAUGUAGAUGGAAUAAAGUCAUUAUUUUGUAUUUUAUUUCUUGCUAACACUGUUCUUUCUAAACAAGUCUGCUCUCAGCUUGAAAGAUACUGAUCAUAGGAGAUUUUGGAGCUCUAUUUUCGCCUGGCGUUAUGGCAGGGCAAGCUCACGUUAGUUCAAAUGUUACUAUGUUAAAAACUGACACUGGCGUUUUCCACCCCAUGCGCCAGGUUCAGCAAUUUUUGUCUAAUCUCAGCUCAUUAGCUCUGAGGUGGGAGGGGUGGUAAUAUUUAAGGUGUGUCGUUGAAAACAAGUGCAAAAGUCACAAUUUCAUGCAGCGCAUAUCGAGACAUUUAAAACCAAGGAAAAGCAGGUCAUAGUUGUAACUGGCAUGGAUUUUGUGAACGGAAGUGCAACCUAUCCAGCUGUGACGCAAAUUGCCCUUCUACUAAUGGAACAAGAGAAGAUAUGUGCUUUUUGUGCUGGUAACCCUUGUAUUAAUAAACAAGGCUUUUUUUUUUGUCCUGCCCAUUGGGUUUGCCAAGUAGCCAAGCCUAUCAAUAAAGGGUUUUGCUCGUGAGACUGCUUAGAUAUACAGUGCCCUCUGUAAUUUUUGGGACUGACAGAUUUUUUGUUGUUUUGGCUCCGUACUCUAGCAUUUUGGGAUUUGAAAUUAUACAAUGACUAUGAGGUUAAAGAGCAGACUGUCAGCUCUAAUUUGAGGGUAUUUUCAUCCAUAUUGAGUGAACAGUUUAGCACUUUUUGUACAUAGUCCCCCCAUUUUAGGGGCUGAAAAUGAUUGGGACAAAUUCAGUUAUGUGUAUUAAAGUGGUCAAAAGUUU